AUGCCUGCCCUAGAUAUGGACAAGCCUCGCAUGGCCUCCGUUGAUGCGUUCGGGAAGCUUCUUUCUAGUCUACUUGACGAGGCCUCUGUAAUCAAGCAGUCAUCGAGCAUCGAGCCCGCGCUUACCAUGCCCGACUUUGCAGACCUGGACUCGCGGGUUGACGCGGCGCUGCCGCAACAAGGGGAAGAGGCUACAGACAGUGAUGCGGCCGUAGCAGACCUGAAAAGCAGGCAAUUCGCGAUUGUCGAAGGCGCAUCCAGAGAUCUUUUCGGUGCAUUGAUAGCGUCAAUCCCGAUUGAUUCUCCCAAAUUCGUGCGCAUGUGGAAUUUUCUCGACAUCCUCUCUAUACUCUCCGACGGCGGUCAAUGCGAUCCGGCGCUUGUAUUUUGGCUGGUAGAAGAGCUGCUCGACAGCCAAACAAUUGCGGGAUGUCGCCACAUCUUUGAUUUUCUUGAAUCUCGACGAGAGCGCAUGACUGCCAAGAACUUUUCGCAAAAGAAAUUAGUCAUACUUCGCAGCUGUAAUGAGCUUCUACGUCGACUUUCAAGGGCAGAGGAUACCGCUUUCUGCGGUCGCGUCUUCAUCUUCAUGUUUCAGUGCUUUCCUCUGGGCGACAGAAGUUCGGUCAACCUACGCGGCGAGUACCACGUCGAAAAUGUGACAGCAUACGAAACGACUGCAAACGGCGAUGCUACGAAGAUGGAUGUCGAUGCCGAGACCAACGGCGAGGAAAUGGCCGACGCAAAAGACGGCAAGCCCAAAGAAGGAAGCAGCCGCCUCAGCUCUGAGGAACUGUACCCUUUGCUCUGGUCGCUACAAGAAAGCUUCAGUCAACCGACAACACUUUUCGAUUCCGCCAAAUUUUCUCAUUUUAAACACAGCCUAGAAGAGACCAUGAAGGCUUUCGAAUCGCUGCAUGCCGACGACCAAAGAUCGCUGAAGCGCAAGCGCAAUGACGAAGGCGCAACAACAAUAGCGGAAGCUUUCAAUCCAAAGUACCUGACAAGCCAGGAUCUAUUCGAGCUCGAGAUAAGUGACUUGUCGUUCCGACGACAUGUCCUCGUUCAAGCUCUCAUUAUAACAGACUUUCUGCUGUCUCUAUCUGCCGAAGCAAAGCAAAAGCUUACCGGUGUCCCUACAGCAAACAAGGCUGUUGUGUACAGCGAACAACUCAGCGAGGAAGAUACAAAAUGGGCAACAGAUACCAAGCGGCGGAUAUCCGAAUAUCUAAGGCAAGGCUUCGACGGCCCUUACUUUUUCCGCAUGGUGGAGACGGUGCUCGCGCGCGACAAGAAUUGGGUGUUCUGGAAGAUGGCCAGCUGUCCUCCCAUAGAGCGGGAGCCCGUGACGGCGGCCGACUUUGUCGCGGCCAGGUCGUCGGCCGAGCGCAUGGCCACCAGCAAGCGCCUGCGCCCGACACCCAUCGGCGCUGUCUCUAUGGCGUUCCUCGACCGGAGCGCAUCGUCAGCGACCCUGGACGAGCUCCGUCCGCCGGCGCGCUAUCAGCUCCCCGAGCUCGCGAGCUUCCAGCGGCCCAUUGCCGACGACGACUUUGAGAUUGGCAUGCCCGCCAGCGACGCCUCCCGGGCCGCCGCUGUCCACGGCAAAUCGAGCAAGAGCUGGCGCGCGCUGCGCAUAGCCGCCCGCACCCGCCUUGCCGCCUUUGACAAGAUUGACGACCCCCAGCAGAUUGCCGUCGUCUUUGCGGAGCCGACCGACGACGCCGACGACAACGAGGCAGAAAACGUCGAUAAUGACGCCGCCGCGUCGGAGGAGGACAUGCCGUCGAACCGCGCGGCCGUCAUCCUCGCCAGCUCCUCGCACGAGACGCUCUGCGCCGUUGUGGCCCGGCUGCUGGAGAAGCACAGAGGCGUGUUCGGGCUCGUUGUGCGGCACACGACGCGCGCCGCGGCUGAGGGCGAGUCCAACGGCAAAACGUUUCACUUUGUCAGCGCGCCAGAAUUUAACCAGCUGCGCGAUAGCGACCGCCUGGUCGAGCACGGCGAGCGCGACGGCAGCCACUACGGCACGAGCACCAAGGCGAUCGACGCCGUGACGGAAGUCGGCAAGAUUCCCAUUAUCCAGCUCGACAUUGAGGCUGCGCAAUUCGCCAAGGACAUGGAUUUCGAGGCGCGCUACAUCCUCGUCGACACGCCGAGCUCCGCGAUCGACAAGGUCGGCGAGGUAUACGACGCCAUGAUCGGCAUCGCCGACGACAACGAAGAUGAUGUUGACAACGCCGCCGCGAAGCUGAGUACUUUCCUGUACAAGGGCGGCGCCAGCGCCCCUACCGAGGAAGACGACGAUGGCGGUGGUGAGGCUAUGGAAGACACCAAGCCCGAGGCCGACGACAAAGAGAGUGGCUCGGAAGACGGUGGCGGUGGCAGAGAGGAAGAGGAAGAGACACCAGCCAAUGGGGACGCUGACAUGGCAGAUGCAGAAGCGAAGCCCUAG